AUGGAGUUUUGGGGUGCUGAGGUCAAAAGUGGACAGCAACUUCCGGUAGAGGCCGGGGAAGGGAUAGUUUUGCAUCUUUCGCAGGCAUCUCUUGGGGAGGUCAAGGGAACGAAAGGAAAUGAAUCUGUUAGCCUCUUUGUGAAUGUUGAUGGCAAGAAGCUUGUUCUCGGAACACUUUUUUCGGACAAGUUACCUCAGCAGCAAUUUGACUUGGUUUUUGAUAGAGAUUUUGAGCUAUCCCACAACUGGAAAAAUGGGAAGUCUGAUUCUGAAGAUGAGCUUCCUCUCCCUGUUGCAAACAAUGGAAAGCCUGAGGCUCCGGUUAAGCAAAACAAACCUAACGCAACUGAGAAGGCUAAUGCUGUGAAGGAUUCUGCUGCUGGUAAGCAGAAGGUGAAGAUUGUGGAGCCAAAUAAAUUUGUGAAACCCGAGGAAGAUGAUGAUAGCAGUGAUGAGGAUGCCUCGAUGGAUGAUUUGGGAUCGGAUGAGGAUGAUGAGAGUGACUCUGAGGGUGAAGAUGAAAGCGAUGAAGAGGAUGAGGAGACACCAAAAAAGGUAAGUGUGACUGUGCAACAUCUGUCUUCUAACCUUUUGCAUUUCAUUGGGCAUGGGUAUGUUGAUACUUCUCUACACUUUGUCAUGGUUAAGUUAUAUUUGUUUCUUCUGAAGGUUGAACUUGGCAAGAAGAGAACUGCAGAAUCGGCUACCAAGACACCUGGUCCUGAUAAAAAGGCGAAAAUGAAUACUCCUAAAAAAACUGGUGAUUUUCAUGUUUUCUGCUAUUAUUAUUUUCCCACCUUUAAUUAA